AUCACGUGCUGGGACCGUCAUGGCGGCGGCCAGCGGGGUUCGGCGGUGCCUCGGGGUGGCCGUGAGGGCCGCCCGGUGCUGCCCGUCCCUGCGGCCGGGGCGGCGGCUCUGCCCGGCCCCGGGCCGAGACCUCCACGGCCAGCCGGGUGAGUGCGACAGAGAGGCGGCCCAGACAGAUGCCCGUCAGUGUGAGGACACAAGCCAGAAACCUGAGAGUUCGACAGAUGUAGUAAAUGUAACUUUCAUUGACCGAUCGGGGCGGAGAAUACCUGUGAAGGGGAAAGUAGGAGACAAUGUCCUCUACUUGGCUCAGGAUCACGGGAUUGAUCUGGAGGGUGCUUGUGAAGCUUCCCUGGCAUGUUCCACUUGCCACGUCUAUGUGAAUGAAGAGCAUUUCGAUAAACUUCCUGAAGCGGUUGAAAGGGAGGAAGACAUGUUGGACAUGGCACCAGUCCUACAGCUCAACUCCCGACUGGGAUGUCAGAUCAUCCUCACCAAAGAGUUGGAAGGCAUGGAGCUAACACUGCCCAAAAUCACCAGGAACUUCUAUGUGGAUGGGCAUGUGCCAAAACCCCACUGAUGGGCAGUGGCCAAGGUAAUCGAGAUCUCCCUGUAUGCCAGGUCAUCCAGUAACGCUGCUAACACACAACGUGAUGAUGGAUGGUGCCAACACCUCGACACAGGAGUGAGUAGGCAUCAGAAGCAAGUGGAAAAUUUGGACUGGAGAGAAGACAGCGGACAACCUAUCUCAGGGAGGGGUGCUUUCCUCUCAUUAGUCUCUCUUCUUCACCCAGUUGUUGUGCCUUUGGCCAAUGAAUGAGAUUAGGAUGGAAAGGUAGAUGCGGUCAUUUUUGUUUGUAUCUUUCUCUUUCCUUUUCCUCUUCAUCCUUUCUUGGUCCACCCAGUGCUUUCUUUCUGUGUGUUGACUAUUCCGUUGAAGAGCUGUGGGAACACAGCAUUUAUCUGUAUUUACCAUAUUUAUGUUUAUCUGUUGUGUUUUUGUAUGAAUCCCUUGACGGUUGCAAUUUCCUGCUCUCAUUCCUACCAAUGGGACCAGAAUUACAAGUUAAGCCUGUACAUUAAAAUAUUUUUGAACUAAUAAAUAUUAUGGGAUGCCCACCCAAUGUUUAAGGUUACAGCUUUGUGAUUAUGGAAAAUUACUAUCUCUUUCCCUCACACACAUCCCACUCCGUCUGGUUAUGCCUUGUCCCUGGCAGUUUGUGUAAGUGGUACUGCAGAAGUGCAGAUUGUUACCUGCCUUCUCAAUAGCAGUGUUUGAUCAACACUGGAUCAGCUUCUAGACCACUGCAAUUCAUUAUACAUGUGGGUUAUUUUAAAUGUUUGUUGCAGUCGUUCAAUGUAAUGUUGCACUUUGAAAUAACAGGAACUGCGUUGUUUUCGUACGUUCGCCGAUGAGGCUGGAUUUUAAACAUUGGGAAUUAAAUUUUGUGCAUAUUAUUCUCUGAAUUGCUUUGUGUAAAAAAAACAAGUGUCAACAAUAAAUGUAGAGCCGUUUGUAGAGCGUAUC